AGAAUAAUUUGUAUCAAAAUAGCAUUAGAUGCUCUGUUCUCCAUAUAUGCAAAAUUAACCUGAGGUUGCUUCCGGCCGGCCUCCUUAUUGGUGGGCGUACUACUUGAGACUUGAGAGAGCUAGCUAUAAGAUCGACUUCUUAUUUGGUCUCCAGUUUCAUAUCCAUUCUUCAAUUUCUGAAAGUUGCUGAUUUAGUAAAUUAUAAAUUUAUUUGAUCGAAAAAUAAUAACAAUAUUGGUAUCUAAAUAUUAUUCUUUCUUGUUUCGUGAAAGACUGCUAUUUUCUAGUCUAGAAAGAAGGACGAUCAUCAAUCUGAUCAUGUCAUCUGCGCUAGCACGAACAGGAAGACAUCGCCAACGUUAUGAAAACAACUUUCGCCUUGUUUCUGGAUGUAUCCCUUACCGGGUUACUGAAGAUGAUGAAGAUCAUAGCAUGAGAAGCAAUACCCAUAUUGAAAACAAGAUACAGGUUCUCAUGGUUUCUUCACCUGACCGCGACGACCAAGUGUUUCCAAAAGGUGGAUGGGAGGAUGAUGAAACUGUUUUAGAAGCUGCUUGUCGUGAAGCCUUCGAGGAAGCAGGGGUGAAAGGAACACUGAGAGAAACGCCUCUGGGAGUUUGGGAGUUUAGAAGCAAAAGUAGGCAGAACAUGUGCAGCCUGGAAGGAGGCUGCAGAGGCUACAUGUUUGCAUUAGAGGUAACCGAAGAGCUCGACACCUGGCCAGAGCAGCAACACCGUGAUAGACAAUGGUUCAACGUAAAGGAGGCAUUUAAAGUCUGCCGGUAUGAAUGGAUGCGUAGGGCACUGGAGCAGUUGCUGAGAGUAAUGGCCUCAGAUAAGAAGGAUGAUGUUAUUGGUACUGUGGGAAAAGCAGCUGUAGUACCAGUUGAUGUAGUAGUGGCUGAUGAUCAGAUCAAGAAUUUGAUGACAGAAUUAUUAGGAGAGUCGCCGCCGUCGUCGUCCCAUGAAAGUACAUGCAAAUUAGGAGACUCGAUUGAGCCCGAUCCUGGCUUGUAGUCUUAUUUACCCGAUCUUCGUUUCUACUUCAACACUCGCGUGACGCGUACUCUAUUAUUUUGCAUUUCAGUCGUGUGGU